AAGUUUAUUAUAUAAAAGUUUUAAGUGUUUGAAUGCCAACUGUUUUAAUAAGUGUUUUUAAGAUUCCACACAACCCUGUGGCAAAUGCAUUCGUAUACGCGCAAUUCACUCAUUUUCUAUUUCACUCGCUCACAAACUCUUUCGUUAUGGCAUUUGACGUUUUUGUUUUGUGAUAACAUUCGCGCCGUUUCGGUAUUCGCUUGCCCCCACUAUGCCAAACACUUCUUGUUCUCACACUCGCACUCAAUACUUUGUGGACUUCAGAAAACAAACACACAUACUUCACUUUACGUUGCCUGUUUCACGCAAUUGCGUUUUCCCCCACAAGUUCGUAACGAAAAAUCAGCAAUAAAAAGAAGUACCUGCGUGGAAGAUAAAACGAGAGCAACGAGCAAGAAAAUUUUCAUUUACCAAAUUGGUGUAAAUUGCUUUGUUUUCUUUUUGCAAAUUUCUAACGUGAGUCACACUCGCACGAAUUGCUAACUUCGAUAUGGAUAUUAUGGACAUACAAGCCGUUGAGUCCAAGUUGAGUGACGUCACGGUGACCCCAAUACCCCGUUCACAAGUACAAAACUUUUACAAUUAUCAGCAGCAACGCGAACAGCGUGAGCAACAACCUCAAAUACAAAUAUCCGCCAUACACCAUCCACCGCGUGACCGUAGCGGUGGUCCAUCUUCAAAUUCCUCAAACGCCACAACGGUACUUGACCUGCAUCAUAGUAUAUUAGGCGGUGGCGGUAGCAGCCAUAAGAGUAGCAACAGCUCGCGUGACCUGUAUAGUAAACGUGAAAGGGAUUAUCACCAACAAUCCACAAGCACUUCGGCUGCAGCGGCAGUUGCAGCAUUACAAUAUACACAACAAUUGCAGGCGCAACUUGCGCUCCUACAGCAGCAAUCGAAUACCAUCGCUUCACCCGCCUCGACGCAACGUGCCAACAGCGGCAGCAGCGGUAACAAUCACAAUAGUGUCACUAUAAGUAACAGUGUACGGAAUGCAGCUGCUGUUGCUGCUAGCAGUGGUGGCAACAUUGGGGUUGUUAAUGUCGGCAAUGGUGGCAUGGGUCAUGUGGGCGGCGUCCUGGAUGUGAGUAACAGCAAUGCAGCAGCGAUAUUAAGUGCAGCACAGUCACAAUUAAAAUACCCACAAUCUACGUCGCCCAUAGUCAUAACGACACAGACAUCGUCCAACAUAACAACGCCAAUGACCUCCACAGCCAAUCUGCCUUCGGCGGGCACGUCAACAGCCAGCAAUGGUCUUACCAAAUAUGCGCAACUGUUGGCGGUAAUUGAGGAGAUGGGACGUGAUAUACGGCCAACAUAUACAGGAUCGCGUAGCUCUACAGAGCGUUUGAAGCGUGGCAUAGUACAUGCACGUAUACUUGUACGAGAAUGUCUAAUGGAAACAGAGCGCUCAGCGCGUCAAUGAGAGCAGGCUGUUAACGAAGGUGGCGACGGUGCUGGAGGUAGCCUUAAAGAUAGUAACAACGGUGUUGCUUUAACUGCAGCUGGGAGAAGAAAUAUAAUUGAGGGAAAUGGUAGUUGUGGCGACACUGUUAAUUAGUUGUUUAGUCAUUUAGGAUUUAGUUUAGUAUAAUUUUCAUUUGCAAGAUUACUAUGGGUAUGAAAUGUUUCAUUUAUUUGUUCCAAAAAAAAAA